UCAUUGCCUUCCUCUAUUAAUCAACAAUUAUAAAUUAAACACCUAAUAAAUGGGAGGAUAUACGCGAUAAAUACCUCUAACUUCCAUCUUUAAGAUGUCUCACAGUAAACGCAACACCUCCCGCGCAGUAUUCACCUCGCACGAGCGCGACGUAGCACGCCGAGCAUGGAGCGAGACCUCCGCCAGGCUUUCCCGCGAAAGUUUCCUCCCCUUUGCGUCCUGCGGUCUGUGUCUAGAGGUUGCACGCGAUCCCGUAGCAUGUGCGAGUCACGGGGAUUUAUUCUGUCGCGAGUGUGCGCUGGCGAAUAUACUUGCGCAGAAGAAGGAGAUUAAACGGUUGGAAGUUGUGCAAGGGGAAAGGGAAAAGGAAGAGCUGGAGGAGAGAGCUAGGAGGGAGGAGGAGGAACGGGAGAGGGCGGUUAGGGAGUUUGAGAUGACGCAGAUUGGGUUAGAUGGGAAGAGUGGUGGUGCGAAGGCGAAGGCUGGGGAAGAUCGGGAGGGGGGUGCAACGGAAGCGAAUGGGGCAAAAAAACGCAAAUUCGAAAUCGACGAAGAGGAAUUGGCAAGGAUAGCUAAGGAGGAUAGGGCGAAAGCCCGGAAAGCAAUCGAAGACGAGAAAGCGGCGAAGCCGGCACUCCCUUCGUUCUGGACACCCUCGAUUACGCCGUCGUCGAAUACGAAGGAUACGCUACAUGAAGUGGUUAAGAAGACGAAAAGCACGCCGAUGUGUCCGGCGUCCAGGGAGGAUAACGCGCAUACGUAUUCCUUACAUACCCUGGUCGCAGUGAACUUUACCGAGGAAGAAGAGGAUGAGAAGACGGGAGAGGGAGGCAGGAAGAAACGUAUACGCGUAUGUCCUUCGUGUAAAAAGGGACUGAAUAAUGCGUCGAAAGCGAUGCUGGCGAAGCCGUGUGGACAUGUAUUAUGUCGGAAUUGCGUGGAUAGGUUUAUGCGGCCGCGGCACGAUCCACAUGCGCCAGCAAGCGAGGCUGCGAAAUUACGAUGUUAUGUCUGCGAGGAGGAUCUUACGGAUAAGAAGAAAAGUAACGGCGAGAAGAGCAAGAAAAAGGAUAAGGAGAAAAUACGGCCUGGACUGGUCGAGUUGAGGAGUGAAGGCACAGGAUUCUCGGCUGGAGGUGCGAAUACAGUACAGAAGUCUGGGGUAGCGUUUCAAUGCUAGACUUACUGGUUACUCCUUAUACUAUACCAUAUCGAUAUUGUAGUCACAGUCACACGCAAUAGAAUUAAUCACCAAGCAGGCAAUA